GCCGCACGGGGCAGAGGACGCGGAGUGAGUGCAAAGAACAACAGACUGGACCGUGGGACACACACAGGCCAGCUGCCCACAGAUCCCCGAAGCAGUAUGGCCAUGGCGGACAUCAGCGUGGAGAAGCUCCGGGCACAGUGUCUGGCCCGCGGGGCUGCCGGCAUCCAGGGCCUGGCCAGGUUUUUUCGCCGCCUGGACCGGGACGGGAGCCGGUCCUUGGACGCAGGGGAGCUGCAGAGGGGCCUGGCCACGCUGGGGCUGGUGCUGACCGAGCCCGAGGCUGAGGCCGUGUGCAGACGCUGGGACCGUGACGGCAGCGGGACGCUCGACCUGGAGGAGUUCCUGCGGGCGCUGCGGCCCCCCAUGUCCCAGGCCCGGGAGGCGGUUGUUAGAGCUGCCUUCACCAAGCUGGACCGCAGUGGGGACGGAGUGGUGACGGUGGAUGACCUCCGGGGGGUGUACAGCGGCUGCGCCCACCCCAAGGUGCUCAGCGGGGAGUGGACAGAGGAAGAGGUGUUUCGCCGCUUCCUGGACAACUUUGACUCCUCGGAGAAGGACGGGCAGGUCACGCUAGCUGAGUUCCAAGAAUACUACAGUGGCCUGAGCGCCUCCGUGGACACGGACGAGGAGUUUGUGGCCAUGCUGACCAGCGCCUGGCGGCUGUGAGCGGCCCUCCUCCGCCCCACUCCUGCUUCCCGGGCAGGGGUGGGGGAGGUGGCUCUGAGGUCGCAGAACCUGCUCGGCCAGGUCCCCUGCGGGGCCA